AGCAGCAAAUUGUCACAUAGUGCCUGAUGCACAUUUCAUCAAUCUUGAUCUAUGUUUCUCGCGAACCAUGAAGGACAAACGGCUUAGCCGUUUUUUUUCAACUUUUUUUUACUUAAAUACCACCCACAAAUGAUGCUCAAUUUUACUCAUUCCCCGCUGUCUUUUCUGUUGCCUCUCUUUACUCGCCUCUAACAAAAAUGCAAGUCCCGACUUCGAUCAACCAAGCUUGCACACUGUGUGGAAACCCCUGUGCGAUGUGGUGUAGUCGCUGCCAAAAUACAUGGUAUUGUUGUCCGGAGCACUUGCAGACGGAUUGGCCUCGCCAUCGUCGUGACUGCAUUUCAGUGUCUCAUAAUACAACUUCAGGUUACAGUUCCAACAUGAUUGCAACACCACCUCCCGCUGAGCCACAAUACAUUACUGUUACAGCUAUUCUUUUUGCUCCUGAAGCCGACCGAUGGACCACGACACAAGUACAUUGCCGUCCCACGCCACGUUCAUCUAAUGGAAUUUGCCCCAUUCCCAUUCUACAAAUGUUUUUCCCAGAUGGUCUCACGGAAGGUAUAGUCCUUACCCAAGGAUUGAACGGCGAAAAUCUUCGAUUCCCUCUCCAUCUCUGGUACUCUCCUACCGCGCUUCAGCGCUCCUCUCCUGUCAAUCGUUCCAUCUUCAACAUCACCUGUGGCUCGGCCUCUAAGGCCUGGUGCGGGCCCGUUGUGGUGCUGAAAUUCAAUGGUUCCAGACGUCAAGGAUACACGGACGCCAGUCCCAAUGAUCUUCCUGCCCUUUCGGCGUACUUCCUUGCCUACAAAUGAACUCCGGUCCUUCUUCCGGCUCAUGUUAGACGCUCAUUUCCCUCCUUCAUGUCUGUCUGUCUCUUGUCUGUAGCAAUACUACAUAGUUGUGCAACCGCUAUAUAUCCGCUAUCGUCGCAUCAUUCCUGUCUUUUAUUUCUCAUUCAACAUUUAUUUCUCUGGACAUUGCUGAACUCUGGAUAGUGUAGAGUUGUUCAACAUCUCCUUGGACCUGCUGAACGUCAUUAUUGUCAUCACCCUCCUCAUAGUCGCAUCUCAUACAUACCCGUACAUUUAACGUCUAUACAUACGUACUUCGUACAAAAGUAGAAUUAACAUCCUCGUAUUAUCAGUUGUAUGUGUGCAUGUUGGCA